AAGAAAUCGCGUUUGUUUCAAUCACUGGUUUCAAUAUCAAGUGCAAUCAAAAGGCUCCGCCUCUUCUUUUCAAAUUUUCCCAAAUCGUAGCAAACUAGACAAGUGUUCGGCAAAAGCAAUAUAGACGUCAGUUAUGGAAUCGCACCUGAAACCUUUGAGUGGCAUCAAAAACUUGCAAAACACCGUUGAAACUGCGAAGGACUACGCGGUUACACACGGUUUGUGCAUAAAACCACGGACAGGAACUCCGGACAGCAUAAGCAUUCUCCCGUUUUGCUUAGCACCAUCUCCGUUUCCAAAAUCGGUUUUCGAGCGCCUGAAGUCGGUCCAGACAGAAAUGAAUGUGCUCAUGCAUCGGGUCGCCCACGACUACGAAUUUUUAAAGAACUGCCUAGAAAGCACGAUCGCGACAGAUGACUUCACUGCCCAUCUUUUUAAUAUGUACGAGGAAGUCUACAGUUGCGGAUUUCCCCAGCCUCUGAGCUUGGGUUUAUUGAGAAGCGAUUAUUUUCUAGAUGUCGGUGCAUCCAAUGGGACUAAAGGAGAGCCAGUUCCAAAGCAGAUCGAAAUUAACACGAUAUCUUCGAGUUUUGGCGGCCUCACUCCUGUGCUUCAAGCGCAGCAAAAGCAUGUAUUGUCCUCCUUGGGAUUCAGCAAUUUGUUACCGCAGAUGCCUGACAGUAACAGUGAUGAGUUGCUGGCUCGUGGGAUUUUAGCAGCAUGGAAAGCAUACAACAACAAGGUGGCUGCAAUCAUGUUUGUUGUGGAGGAAAUCACCUACAAUGUCUAUGACCAGCGAUUUCUGGAGUAUGCAAUCAUCAGACAGAGUCCUGGAGUCAAAGUGAUUAGGAGGAAGUUCUCUGAACUUCAUCAAUGCAGUCUACAAGAUGGAAGGCUUUUUGUUGACAACCUUGAGAUUGCAGUUGUAUAUUACCGCACCUCAUAUGCACCUAACCAGAUGACUGUGAAGGACUGGGAAAUAAGACUUCUGAUAGAGAAGUCGCUUGCCAUCAAGUGCCCCUCAGUACAGUACCAGUUGGCUGGAACCAAGAAAGUCCAGCAGGUGUUGGCUCAGCCUGGAGUACUCGAAAGGUUCUUUACAAGCAAAGUCACCAUCGAUGAAAUCAGGAGUUACUUUACCGGCCUUUACUCCCUUGACUUUACACCCGAGGGGAACCGAGCAGCUGCAAAGGCUAUUGAAAAGCCAAAUGGAUAUGUGCUGAAACCACAGCGUGAGGGUGGAGGAAACAACAUUUAUGGGGAAGAUGUGAAAACAAUGCUUCUAGCCCUGAGAAACAAGAAGGAACGGGAGGGCUUCAUUUUGAUGGACCUGAUUACUCCGCCUGUUAAUCACAAUUAUAUUGUCAAGCCUGACACACCAGUGGAGCUGGUCGACAUCGUUAGCGAGAUUGGCAUCUUUGGAGUUGUACUAGGGGACCAAGAUGACAUUUUGGAGAACUAUGAAGCUGGCUUCAUCCUUCGUUCCAAGAAAGUGGAAAUCCGGGAAGGAGGAAUUGCUGCCGGGUUUGGAGCCCUCAAUUCCAUUUUGCUUGUGUGAUGAUAGCCAUUGCAGGUAGCAGGCACCUAGUCAACAAAGAAAAGGUGUAGUGAUAACAUGGCAUGUUACAUUAGCUGCGAGGUCUAGCUGUCAAGCAGCACGUACAUGGUUUGUGUCUUUUAACCUGCAUUACAAAUGUAGGCACCAAAACCGACACAUUUUUCACGUAUCUUUUAUAUAGUAAAAAAAAGUAACAAAAUGCAGAUAUAUAUUUUUUUAUCUACGAAGAUCACUCGCCUGUGAAUGCUUUAAAUUCAGGAAUCACUGUCAUCAGUACAUGCUAGGCUAAUUAUGCACAACUAUCUGCAGCAUUAUCUUCAAAUAAAGGAUAACAAGAGGUGAGAA